UGGCGUUCGUAUCGCGCGUCACCAUGGAUUGUGCUCUGUGACAGUGCUAAGUGUUUGUGACUCGUGAAAGCAUGAUGCCUCUCGCACCGACCCCUGUGCUGGCGGUGCCGUCGAAGCCGAAGAUCGGUUUUAGUAUAGACAGUAUAGUGGGCGGGGGGCCACCGAAGCACGCGAGUCCUCCGCUGGCGAGCCCGGGGUCGCCGUCGCCGGUGGCGUCUCCGCGGAGCCCGUCCCCGCGGCCGCUGCUGCGGCCGAGCGCGUUGCCGGCGGUGUUUCCGUCGCCCGAGCUCAAGAGGCUGCCGUACCUGGAGGCGCAGAGCCACCACCAGCAGUUCCUGGCGCACUUCCAGGGCGCGGCGCUGGCGGCGGCGCUCGCGCACCAGCAGCAGGGCUUCGGCGCGCCGCUCCCCCCGCACCCGCCGCCGCACCCCGCCCCUGUACCUAGAGAAUCCUACCAGCUCUACCCCUGGCUCAUCAACAGACAUGGAAGGAUAUUCCCACAUAGGUUUCCAGGAGGCCCAGACAUCCCCGGCUUCCUCCUGCAGCCCUUCCGUAAACCGAAACGCAUCAGAACAGCCUUCAGCCCCUCACAGCUCCUCAAACUCGAACAUGCCUUCGAGAAGAACCACUACGUGGUGGGGGCCGAGAGGAAACAGCUGGCGCAGGCGCUUAGCCUUACAGAGACACAGGUAAAGGUGUGGUUCCAAAACAGAAGAACGAAACACAAACGCAUGCAGCAGGAGGAGGAGGCAAAAACGGGAACCAAAUCUGGGUCCUCGAGCAAGCCGGACGAACAGUUCAACACCUCGUAUGAUGACGACGAGGAGCUCAUCGACAUGGACAUGGACGAACUCAGUGAGAGUGAAAACGAAACGUAGUGACAUAGACAAUCCUCUGUAAAUAUCUAUCCAUAGAUUCUAUUUAUUUAUUAUAGUUUCUGUAAAUAGCUUAGCUGUAAGUAACUAUUUAUUACGGUAAUCGAAUCCAAUUGAUGAAUGUGUAAUAUAAGUAGAAACAUUUUUAAAUUAACUAAUACAACAAACAUUGGUAAAAAAUAACCACUUAUGAACACGCUCGAAAUGAAGUUCUAACAAUCGUUGUCUCGACUCAUAAAUCAUAAUAUAAAGCGUCCAUUAUAAUUAAAUGAAGGAAACCCAAAUUUUAAAACGGUUUGAAAACGCCUUGUUAGCCACGAGUUAUUACAUAACAUAAUUGGUCCAUUAUAAUAGUUUUGGGACUAAAUUAAUUAAAAAUGCCUCUUUGAUGCGUGCUCCAGUGAUGUGGGUAUAAUUAGGAGGUUAGAUUUCGAGCGCUGAUACGCAUGUUUCUAAACGAAUGCUGUCAAUGAUAGAAAAGGAUAGUCUGUCUUCACAUGCAUCUGAGCGAGAUAAAUGUAGUUUUAUGAUGACGUUUGAGAUUAGCGUUGGUCUGUGGGUCUAUUAUUAAGAGAUGCGUUCAGAAACGUAUCUUGGGCUCGGAUCGCGUUUCGUAAUUGCUCGCGACGCGCCCAAAUUGUUUUUAAACAGUUGACGAUUGUUCUCCACGGCUAUUUGUCUAUGGCCCGAUACGAUCGGGCUGGCUGUUGGAUCGUUAGGCUUCACGCGUCGCACCUGCCUUCGUUUUGAAUUUGGAAUCGACAACGUGUUAGGAAUUUAAAUUAAUUUGUUCCAAUUAAAGAUUUGAAGGUUUUGUUUCAGAUAAGUGGAGCGUUCUGGUCCUCACACCUACUUAUCUACUUAUAAUAAGAAUGUUACCUCUAAAUUUUCGGAGUUUCUAUUUUAAAAAUCUAAUCUAUUCUAAUAUUAGCUAACGAAAGUAGAAGUACGAUGUCAACUAAACAGAAAAUUAACGGAAAAUUUAAUAAAAAUUUAACAUGUAUUUAAUUUCUAUCUGUCAAACCUUACAAAGAGUUAGCUUAGUCUGUCUUUAUACAUUUUUUUUGCAAACAAUCCUUAAUAUAGGUUAGAAAGGCCAGCAUUAUUGCAGUUCCCUCGCUAAUCUGAUAUUGACUUUAUGCCGCAAUUAAAGGCAAAGUUAAUGAGUCGUUUAAUUGGUAUUGUUCGCGGCAAUUAGCCCGGGAGUAUGGGACAAGCGUGCUAGGUCACCACUCUCAUACAUACACAUACAUACAUACAUACAUUUCUGGACACAUUUCUGUUUCGCACUAUAGUUGACUGGUAGAGACUGUCUAAAGCCGUUUGGUCCGCAUGUUGUACAGUUUUAUGUUUAAAUAAAUAAAUAUAUAUAACUGUACCCUGUUCAGUUAGCCUGGGAGUAUUGGACAAGCCUGCUAGUUCACCUCCACACAUACAUAUUUGUAAUUUGGUACCCAUAUUAUGUUACUUGUAUACAUUUAGAAAUUAAUAUUAAGUAGAAACGUUUGUCAACUGUACGACACAGUUUAGAAGUGAGUAAUCGAUCGAUCUUUUAGUCGAUGACAACCAAUAUUUUCGUUUUAUUCACUUACUUUUUACUAACAUAUGCGCCUUAGAGAUGCAUCUAGCGACAUCUGCCGGUCUACCGCAAAACGUUCCUCGUUUAUGCAGUUAAGUAGCCCAAAACCACA